GUACGCGCUGCGGUUGGCGCCCGACCAAAAGUAAGUUCUAACCGAUUGACCUCGUUGUUGUGGUUGUUUUUCGUGUCUUUAUGUGGGUACUUUUAUGCCAGUACCGGCGUUUGACUUGUGAGAUGCGCGAUCAAGGCUAUGUGGAAUUUCUUUUCAGGUUUUCUCCGCACGCCGCCAAAGAGUGCUUACGGAGCGUGCUAACGAACGAAUUUGAAGACAAGAAUUACGACAAGGAUGCAGUUCCUGACUGGACGAGGAAAACCUCGGAGAAAAUAUGUGGCAAACUUCAAGAGCUAGGCUUUGAGCGGUACAAAUUUGUCGUCCAGGUUGUCAUAGGGGAACAGCGAGGUGCAGGAACAAGGAUGGCUUGCCGAUGCAUCUGGGAUUCUGACACAGAUGUGUACGCUUCAGAGUUCUUCAGCAAUAGCACUCUUUUCUGCGUCGCUGUGGUCUUGGCAUCAUACUACUAUUGAGGUGGGUUGAUUGGUUGAUUAUUAUGAUUUCUAAAUGAGCCGACCGCAAGCAAGCUGAAAGUGCUUUAUGUGCCAGAAGCCUAGUAACUUGGGACACCAGUAAGGAAUUUCAGGAUUUUAAUAUAUCUGAUAUGUAAGCAUGCUUAGGGGGGCCCCAGAGAUGUAAUAAUGAAAUAGGACGUUUGAAAUACUUACUAUAUUCUUACAAUAUGUAUGUCUACAGUUGUGUACAGUAGGUGGUUUAAAAAUAUUACUAAUUACUGCACACCUUUCAGAGUUGCACAUGAAAUUUUCGUUAUCACAAUUUCAGUAUAGUCACACAUACUAGUAUAACUGCA